AUGCAACGCUCUCUAGUCGCCUGUAAUACGUGGCGCCUACACGUGUCUAGCAGGCAAACGGUGACGGAAAUGUAUGAUGCCCUUGUCCAAAAAGGGACGUUGAGGCAUGACGCGAAGCAGCGGGAAAUGGCGCAGGCGUGCACGCCGCUCUUAAACUACAUCCACUCGCUGGGGACGGCGGGUUUGGCUACCAGCGGCCCUGCCUCACCGGGCCACACCGCAGUUAGGCUUACGGACGCUAUAAAUGAAAAACUCCGACGCGUGCGCUCUUGGGCUCGGCGGCGUGCAUUUUCCGACCGAGUGACGCAGGACUUGGCUCUCCACUGGCCAGAGAAUAUGGGUGUUGAGCGUAAAACUGGUAUUUACAUGUGGGGAAGCGUUGGCAUCGGCAAGACUGUGAUUUUGGACCUCUUUGAGCUGAGCGAAACGCCCGGAUGGAGGAAGCGUCGGGCGCACCUGCACUCCUUCAUGUCGGAUAUUGUCAUUAGGCUCCACAGGGCAGAGGCGGCGGCGCCGAGGAACCGGAAGUUGUCGCCCAUCAACUGCGUCGUGGAAGAAGUGCUGCGCGAGUCUCCAAUUCUCUGCCUCGACGAGUUUCAGACAUUUGAUGUGACGCAUGCGGCACUAUUAGCGGCGUUUUUUUCCCGUGCUCUGCCGCGCGGGUUGAUUCUCUUCACGACGAGUAAUCGUCCACCGCAUGAGUUAACCCACAUCUCAGCUGCAUUUGAGCACUUCCUCCCGCUUCUGUGUUGCCACUGCGACGUGGUUCACUGUGGCGGCAUUAAGGACUACCGCGAGAGCGCCUCACGCAGCUGUCACGACGUGGUAUUCCUUUACCCAAACACCAAGGACAACGCGAAGCGGCUCAUUCAACGGGUGGAACGGGGUUUCACAGGCAGCUGGGCGUGGGAGCAGGGAUCAACUAUAUGGCUCUACGGACGAGAACUUGUCGUGCCGUUCCAUUGUGGAGGUGUGGCGCUGUUUGACUUUGCACAUAUCUGCGGCCUCCUCGGCCCCCCCGACUUCCAGUGCAUCGCCGAAUCGUUUCACACCGUCGUCAUCCUGAACGUCCCGCACAUUGCUGCUGUGAGCAAGAACGCCGCACAGCAGUUUGUUGUUCUAGUUGAUGAGUUGUACCAGCACAACGUGAAACUGCUCUUUACAAGCGAGGUGCCGUGGGAGCGGCUCGUCGACGCCACUACAGCCGUUGGCGGUGGCAGCGGUGCGGACCUCUGCUACAGCGAAGGUGAAGACGAGCGCAGCGGUUACAAUGCCCACUACGAGUUUCGCAACGCAGAAGAAGUGUUGAGUUUCCAUCGCAUUUCCAGUCGGCUGAAGGAGAUGGGUUGCAAACACUACCUGCUGCGGGACCACAGUCAGUUCUUCAUAUCGGACUACAAUCUUGCGGUUUUGGUGGAGUGA